AUGGACCGCCUAAACCGCAUGCUCGCCGCCGCGCAGGGCAUGAGAGAUGCCGGCCCAGCUCAAAUGGACCCUUUCCCGUACCCCGACGGGUGGUACGCGGACUGGUACUUUGACACGAACCUCAUCGACAACUCGGAAACCGUCUACAUUUCGUCCCUUGCCCUUCUCAAGAUGCUGCGGCACGGCCGCGCCGGCGUGCCGAUGGAAGUCAUGGGUCUGAUGCUGGGAGAGUUCGUGGAUGACUACACCGUGCGAGUAGUCGACGUCUUCGCCAUGCCCCAGAGCGGUACCGGUGUCAGUGUCGAGGCCGUGGACCCCGUCUUCCAGACCAAGAUGAUGGACAUGCUGAGACAAACGGGCCGGCCCGAGACUGUCGUUGGCUGGUACCACUCGCAUCCUGGCUUCGGCUGCUGGCUCUCCAGCGUCGAUAUCAACACGCAGCAGUCUUUCGAGCAGCUGACGCCUCGCGCCGUCGCCGUUGUGGUGGACCCCAUCCAGUCCGUGAAGGGCAAGGUCGUCAUUGAUGCUUUCCGCCUUAUCAACCCGCAGACGCUUAUGAUGGGCCACGAGCCGCGUCAAACCACGUCGAACCUGGGUCACCUCAACAAGCCAUCCAUCCAGGCACUCAUUCACGGUCUGAACAGACACUACUACAGCAUAGGCAUCAAUUACAGGAAGACGGGUCUGGAGGAGAACAUGUUGAUGAACCUGCACAAGCACGUCUGGACCGAAGCAUUGGAGAUGGAUGAUUUCAAGCUGGAUGGCGAGAAGAACGUGGACAAGCUUCAGCGGUUGGUCAGCCUGGCUGAAGGUUACGAGAAGAGAGUCAAGGAGGAGACGGAGCUCACAAAGGACCAACUGAAGACGAGAUAUGUCGGCAAGGUGGAUCCGAAGAAGCACAUCGAGGACGUUGGUCAGCAGCUUAUCGAGGACAACAUUGUUGCAGUCUCCAGGCAGAUGAUUGACAAGGAGGCCUGCUUACCCAAGAACGCUGGUGCAAACGGGGCCGUCAACGGUGAGAUGGAGGUCGAUGAUGAGCUAUGA